UAAAUGUGUAUGAAUUAAGAAAUAUAAAAAUUUAAUGUGAUUGCAUAGUUAUAAUGCGACUUAAUUUUCCAAAAAAUAGAGCAGUACGUGAUAUAAAAUUUACAACAGAAAAGCACUUCUAUUAAGAAAGAGGUAAUCAAGUAUACACAAAUUCAAAUGCAAUAUCUAAAGAUAUGUGGAAAAGCUGUACUUGGGUUGGAACGAAAAUAUGAUGAAGCCCUACAGCAAUGCGAGAAAGUUACUGUUCCACCACCGGAGGAAGUAAAAGAAAAAAAAGAAAAUGAACCAAACUAUAAUAAACCAACCCAACCAAUGUUUAAGUCACCGUCACCAACGCCGUCACAAAAAUCAUCAGGAAAGAAACCACCAAAUCAGCCAACAAUCAGGUCAUCACCGGAGACAUCAAAACAUUUGCCGAAUAAUUCAUCAUCAGAUCGUCCUGUAGAUCAAAAUUCGUUUAAUAAGCUAGAGAAAGAACAAACACAGGAACAAAAAACAUUAGCCCAACCAGAAAAUAAAAACCAGACAAAAACUUCGGAUACAGAUUCCUUGAUAUCAUUUUUAAUAGAUCCAGAUGAGGAUAUACCACCUUGCCCGCAGUGUCCACCGAUACCAAAAUGCCCACCACACUGCCCAUGCCAACCAAAUAAAUCAAAACCCAAGCCUGAACCCGAACUCAACCCUCCGGUUUGCAAACCGAUAUGUAAAAUUCUUGAAAAAGGGAUUAAUACUGAGCUUGGACCGUCAUAA